GGCGUUGCAGUUGGGACUCCAGAUCCAUAUAGUUCAACCAACCUCACGUCCCUAUUUUCUAGGAAUCCGAACUCAGCUUUGCUUUCUCCCAAAGCCAUGACUCGUUUAUAUUCCCUUUCUCUUUUACAAUUCCUGUCUCUGAUUCUCCUUUUCACACUUUUCUUCUUGUCUGCCUCUGACACCUCCGAACUGUUCGAAAAGUGGUGUAAGGAACACAGCAAAACAUACUCUUCCGAGGAAGAAAAACUGUACAGGCUCAAAGUGUUCGAGGACAACUAUGCCUUUGUCGCCCAACACAACCAAAACGCCAAUAAUAACAAUAAUAAUCCAAGCUACACUCUUUCCCUCAACGCUUUCGCCGAUCUCACCCACCAUGAAUUCAAAACCACUCGUCUCGGUCUUCCCCCUACCUUGCUUCGAUUCAAACGUCCCCAGAAUCAACAAUCCCGUGACCUUCUGCACAUUCCUUCUCAGAUCGAUUGGAGACAGAGCGGCGCAGUUACACCCGUCAAAGACCAAGCAAGCUGUGGUGCAUGUUGGGCGUUCUCAGCUACUGGUGCUAUUGAAGGCAUAAAUAAGAUUGUCACAGGGUCUCUUUUAAGCCUUUCUGAACAAGAGCUGAUAGAUUGUGAUACAUCCUACAACAGUGGUUGUGGAGGUGGACUCAUGGAUUUUGCAUACCAAUUUGUCAUCGACAACAAAGGGAUUGACACUGAGGAGGAUUAUCCGUAUCAAGCUCGGCAACGGUCCUGCAGUAAGGACAAGUUAAAAAGGCGUGCUGUUACAAUUGAGGAUUAUGUUGACGUGCCUCCGAGUGAGGAAGAGAUACUAAAGGCCGUUGCAUCACAACCUGUAAGCGUAGGCAUAUGUGGUAGUGAAAGAGAAUUCCAGUUGUACUCAAAGGGUAUCUUCACUGGGCCAUGUUCAACUUUUUUGGAUCACGCAGUAUUGAUAGUAGGAUAUGGUUCAGAAAAUGGAGUUGAUUAUUGGAUUGUAAAGAAUUCAUGGGGAAAAUAUUGGGGAAUGAAUGGCUACAUACACAUGAUACGAAAUAGUGGCAAUUCCAAAGGAAUAUGCGGAAUUAACACAUUAGCUUCAUAUCCUGUCAAGACCAAGCCUAAUCCUCCUAUCCCUCCUCCCCCAGGUCCUGUAAGAUGUAAUUUGUUUACUCACUGUUCAGAAGGAGAAACAUGUUGCUGUGCCAAGAGCUUUCUUGGAAUAUGCUUUUCUUGGAAAUGCUGUGGGUUAACUUCUGCCGUGUGCUGCAAAGACAAGCGCCACUGUUGCCCCCAAGAUUAUCCGAUUUGUGAUACAAGAAGAGGUCAAUGUUUAAAGAGAACUGCAAAUGGGACGACAACAAUCACUUCUGAGAACCAAGAUUUUUCCCACAAGUCAAGAGGUUGGAAAUCUCAGUGAACAUUUAUGUGCAACGAUAUUCAUUUGUAUGAUCGAGUCAUUUAGUUGCUAUCCUAUUUGUAUUACUGAGUUAUUCUAUUACGAGUAGCCGAUUAGGGUUCAAAAGAAAUCAAGUUUUGUCAAAUGGAUUAUAUUCGCUAUGGUAUGGGGGGAUAUGGAUAGGAUAAGUUAUGGUAUGUGCAUAUUGAUAGGAUAAACCAGUAGGGGAAUGCACGAACAACCCGAAUGUAAUACCACUAUAUUAUAAAGGAAACAUGUAUGCUUUUGUUAUGCA